CUUCCGUUCGUAUUAGCUGGUAGAAAUGGCGACGUCUUUAGGAUCCAACACUUACAACAGGCAAAAUUGGGAAGACUCAGAUUUCCCCAUCCUCUGUCAAACAUGCUUGGGCGAAAACCCUUACAUCCGUAUGACCAAAGAGAAAUUUGGCAAGGAGUGCAAGAUCUGUGCACGUCCCUUCACAGUGUUUCGCUGGUGUCCUGGCGUCAGGAUGCGCUUUAAGAAGACAGAAGUGUGUCAGACCUGCAGUAAAAUGAAGAAUGUCUGUCAAACCUGCCUCUUGGAUCUGGAAUAUGGUUUGCCUAUUCAGGUUAGAGACACAGGGCUGUCCGUUAAAGAUGAAGUACCAAGAUCUGACGUCAAUAAGGAGUAUUACACUCAGAAUAUGGAGAGAGAGAUAGCCAAUUCUGAUGGUACAAGACCUGUUGGGCUGCUCGGGAAGGCACCGAGCAGCAGUGAUAUGCUGCUAAAACUGGCUCGAACCACACCGUACUACAAGAGGAACAGACCACACAUCUGCUCAUUCUGGGUGAAGGGAGAAUGCAAGAGAGGGGAAGAGUGUCCGUACAGGCACGAGAAGCCCACUGAUCCAGAUGACCCAUUGGCCGACCAGAACAUUAAGGACCGUUUCUAUGGCAUCAAUGACCCUGUGGCUGAUAAACUCCUUAAGCGGGCCACCACCAUGCCCAGACUGGACCCACCUGAGGACAAGACCAUCACCACACUCUAUAUCGGGGGGCUAGGAGAAAAUGUUACAGACUCUGAGCUCAGGAAUCACUUCUACCAGUUUGGAGAGAUUCGUACCAUCACCAUUGUUCAAAGGCAGCAGUGUGCUUUCAUCCAGUUCGCCACACGGCAGGCCGCAGAGACAGCAGCAGAGAAAUCCUUUAACAAACUCAUUAUCAAUGGACGGCGCCUUAACGUUAAAUGGGGCAGGUCACAGGCAGCCCGAGGCAAAGAGAGAGAGAACGAUGGGGUAACAGAGAGUGGAAUCAGGCUGGAGCCAGUGCCAGGUCUCCCUGGAGCUCUGCCCCCACCACCUGUGUCUGAUGAGGACUCGCCAGCCAACUACUUUAACCUGGGUCCCACCAGCUCUCCUGCUGUCAUGAACCUGGGACUGCCUCCUCCACCUGGGGUUGCCAUGCCCCCACCACCUGGUUUUGGUCCUCCUAUGUUCCAUGCCAUGGAUCACAUGGCCCCACCCAUGCCCCCUCCAAUGGCCAUGAGGCCCCCUGGACAGGUCCACUACCCAUCCCAGGAUCCUCAGCGGAUGGGUGCCCAUGCAAGUCGCCUUGGAGGCCCUUAAAUAAGUCAUACAGCUACCCACUGUUCAGUGCUGAAUGAUAAACAACUGAACCUGGAUUGAUGUCACCAUUACCCUUAUUUGUUAAGUCUGUUUAUAUCUGGCAAUCAUAUGUUGGCAAAGUAAUUUAGUAAGAUGGAGUGUGGAUAUGUUCCAGACAAUAAGGGAAAAACAAAAACAAAAACAGCAUCUUGAAAUUUAAAUCAUGAGAUUUAUUUUGGAUGUUGUUUAUGCUUUUGAAACAACCCAUGAUGGUUUCUGUCAUCUUAAAAUUUGGAUGAAGCUUGCCGACUUGGCACAGGCUUUUGUGUAUUUUGUUUUUUAUAAUAUGAAACGUGGAUGUCUUGCAUUUCUGGAAUCUGUGUUAUAGGGCCAAAUGACAGAAUAAUUGGUUGCAGUGACCAACAAUAACCACGUGGGAGCACUAUUGGCCAUUUCAGGAGUCUGAAAUAAUAUAACAUUUUUGUUUUUGACACUUUAUUGUCCUUAACCUCUGAAAUAUUCCAAGGUUAAUUUUGCAUUCUGCACCAGUGUCCAUCCUUGUACGUUUUAGCAUGUAUCUGUUUUUAUAAAUAUAAAGAACAAUGUGUUGUCCUGCAUUGUAAGCCUAAGUAGAUCGUAGAAACCAUUUGCGCCAGUGGUCUCUACGAUCAACUUAAGCUUGCAAUG